GUGGCCGGCGAGGGGCGGGUCCUCGAGGCGGAAGGCGGAAGCGGUUACAGAAUCACAUGAUCCAAAUAACAUGGCCGCUGCCCCUUGAGCACUGCCGGUGCCGGGCGGGAUCGUGAGCCGUUGGGCGGCCGGGAGCAGGUGUGCGGGGGCGGGGUCCAGGCCCGGGUUCCGAGACGGCGCGCGGAGGUAGAGCUAGGCAGGCAGGCGCAAGGCGGCGUGGUCCAUGAGCCGGCGCCAGAGGCAGCGCGGAGCCGCAGACUCCCCCGGCCCCGGCGCCGCCCGGGCAGCCGCGGGCUGAGGAGCCGCGGGGCUCCGGGGAGCGCCCCGAGCUGCCACCAUGAACCCUGAGAAAGACUUCGCGCCGCUCACGCCCAACAUCGUGCGCGCCCUCAAUGACAAGCUCUACGAAAAGCGGAAGGUGGCAGCGCUGGAGAUCGAGAAGCUGGUCCGGGAGUUCGUGGCCCAGAACAACACCGUGCAAAUCAAGCAUGUGAUCCAGACCCUGUCUCAGGAGUUUGCCCUGUCUCAGCACCCCCACAGUCGGAAAGGGGGCCUCAUCGGACUGGCCGCCUGCUCUAUUGCCCUGGGCAAGGACUCGGGGUUGUACCUGAAGGAGCUGAUUGAGCCGGUGCUGACCUGCUUCAAUGACGCGGACAGCAGGCUGCGCUACUAUGCGUGCGAAGCCCUGUACAACAUUGUCAAGGUGGCCCGUGGUGCCGUGCUGCCCCACUUCAACGUGCUCUUCGAUGGGCUCAGCAAGUUGGCUGCAGACCCGGACCCCAAUGUGAAAAGCGGAUCUGAGCUCCUAGACCGCCUUUUAAAGGAUAUUGUGACGGAGAGCAACAAGUUUGACCUGGUGGGCUUCAUCCCUUUGUUGCGGGAGAGAAUUUAUUCCAACAACCAGUACGCCCGGCAGUUCAUCAUCUCCUGGAUCCUGGUUCUGGAGUCCGUGCCAGACAUUAACCUACUGGAUUAUUUGCCGGAGAUCCUGGAUGGACUCUUCCAGAUCCUGGGCGACAAUGGCAAAGAGAUUCGGAAAAUGUGUGAAGUGGUCCUUGGAGAAUUCUUGAAAGAAAUUAAGAAGAAUCCCUCCAGUGUUAAGUUUGCUGAGAUGGCGAACAUCCUGGUGAUCCACUGCCAGACCACUGAUGACCUGAUCCAGCUGACAGCCAUGUGCUGGAUGCGUGAGUUCAUCCAGCUGGCUGGCCGGGUGAUGCUGCCCUACUCUUCAGGGAUCCUGACCGCCGUAUUGCCCUGCCUGGCCUAUGAUGACCGCAAGAAAAGCAUCAAGGAGGUGGCCAACGUGUGUAACCAAAGCCUGAUGAAGCUGGUCACCCCUGAGGAUGACGAGCCUGAUGAGCCGAAGCCAGUGGUGCAGAGGCAGGCAGAGCCCAACCCCGAGGACUCGCUGGCAAAGCAGCAAGGGACAGCCAGUGGAGGCCCUGAUGGUUCUUGUGACUCCAGCUUCAGUAGCAGCAUCAGCGUCUUCACACCAGCCAGCACGGACAGGGCCCCAGUCACCCUCCACCUUGACGGGAUCGUGCAGGUCCUGAACUGCCACCUCAGCGACAUGGCCAUCGGGAUGAUGACCAGGAUCGCUGUCCUGAAGUGGCUCUACCACCUCUAUAUCAAGACUCCCCGGAAGAUGUUCCGGCACACAGACAGCCUCUUCCCCAUCCUGCUUCAGACGUUGUCGGAUGAAUCUGACGAGGUUAUCCUGAAGGAUCUGGAGGUGUUGGCAGAAAUUGCUUCCUCCCCUGCAGGCCAGACAGAUGACGCAGGCCCCCUUGAUGGCCCUGACCUCCGGGUCAGCCACUCAGAGCUUCAGGUGCCUACCCCUGGCAGAACAAACCUGCUGAACACUUCUGGUACCAAAGGCUUAGAAUGUUCUCCUUCCACCCCUACCAUGAACUCCUACUUUUAUAAGUUCAUGAUCAACCUUCUCAAGAGGUUCAGCAGCGAACGCAAGCUCCUGGAGGUCCGAGGUGCUUUCAUCAUCAGGCAGCUCUGCCUCCUGCUGAACGCAGAGAACAUCUUUCACUCGAUGGCGGACAUCCUGCUCCGAGAGGAGGACCUCAAGUUCGCCUCGACCAUGGUCCACACCCUCAACACCAUCCUGCUCACCUCCACAGAGCUCUUCCAGCUGAGAAACCAGCUCAAGGACCUGAAGACCCUGGAGAGCCAGAACCUGUUCUGCUGCCUGUACCGCUCCUGGUGCCACAAUCCAGUCACCACCGUGUCCCUGUGCUUCCUCACCCAGAACUACCGGCACGCCUAUGACCUCAUCCAGAAGUUCGGGGACCUGGAAGUCACAGUGGAUUUCCUCACGGAGGUGGAUAAGCUGGUGCAGCUGAUCGAGUGCCCCAUCUUCACAUAUCUGCGCCUGCAGCUGCUGGACGUGAAGAACAACCCGUACCUGAUCAAGGCCCUCUAUGGCCUGCUCAUGCUGCUGCCGCAGAGCAGUGCCUUCCAGCUGCUCUCCCACCGGCUACAGUGCGUGCCCAACCCCGAGCUGCUGCAGACUGAAGACAGUCCACAGGCAGCUCCCAAGUCGCAGAAAGCGGAUUCCCCCAGCAUUGACUAUGCAGAGUUGCUGCAGCACUUUGAGAAGGUCCAGAAGAAACACCUGGAAGUGAGGCACCAGCGGAGCGGGCGUGGGGACCACCUGGACCGGAGGGUUGUCCUCUGAUGCCUGACUGGAGAAGGGCCCAAGGAGUGGCCCCACGGAGCAUUUGGGGUCUUCGGGCUCCCUGAGGAGCUCGGAGACCUGCCUCAAGGGCAGGGCUGGGCCUGGCCACCAGCGCGGGGUUGGGGGGACAGAGGCUGUCCAUCCAAGCUCCUCUCAUAGCCCAGCCCCCUGGGCCCCCAGUGCUGUCAGCUGCACCCUGGCAUUCAGACAGAGCUGGCUUCCCACCCGGGUGGGGCCAAAGCCUCAGACCCCACCCGUUCUCUGGAACUGGUCUCUUUCUAAUAUCCUCUUGUAAAAGAGCUUGACCUCUCCAGCCCACCAGAGCCCUGGCCUUGAGUGAUGUGUGUACUUAGGAGUAUGCAUACCUGUCUGCAACUAGAGGCCAGCACAGAAGUCCAUAUGAAUGACACACCCCCUGCCCCAAUAAAGAAGUGACAGAAAACCUUCAA